AUGCAGCAAAAUCAUCUGGAGCUGGCCCCGCAGAAAUGCGAGGCCGUCAUGCUCCUCAAGAAAAGGACAGACGGGGAUUCCGACAUCAAACUCAGAGGCGAAACGAUCCGGGUGGAGACACACGUGAAAUAUCUCGGCAUCAUCUUAGAGCAAAACCUUACAGGGAAAACGCACAUAGAAGAAAGACUGAAGAAAGCAACUCAAGUGGCAAUGAGCACGGCCAGAAUCUUACCGAGGACUUUCGGAGCGAGCGAGACACAGAGAAGGCUGCUGGCCGCGGUCAGUGAAUCGAUCGCUUUGUACGCAGCACCGAUAUGGGCUCCAAGUGCCCUCGUUUUUUCGAAAUACAGGGACAAGCUUGAUAGAACACAAAGAGUCAUGGCCAUUCGUAUCACCAGAGCCUAUAGGACGAACUCCACGGAAGCCGACCUCGUACUGGCGCGGACUACCCCAUGGGCCCUACUCGCAAAAGAAAGAAGCCAGCUAUACGAAGAAAAGAAAAGAAUAAGUCGUCAAGAGGGCUCCGCCGCAAUCGGAACGGCGCAGACAGGCGGCGAGCAGAUCAGGAACCACACGGUGCAAGCGUGGCAGGAAAGGAACGCCAUGUUCAACUGCCAUAGGCAAUGGGGGCCUUGGGACUUGGGAUGCGGUUUCCACGUUCUGAACGCCGAAAUGCCGAGCUCUGAUGAUCAAGCAGGGACCAGAAUACAGACCGACAUUAAG